AUGGCGGCCGCAGCUUACUCCAUCUCAGCAGCAUCAAUUCGACCCGAUUACACGCAAUUCAAACAGGUUAACCCUUCAAAUUGUACUCUCGCUCCACAUCAAAAUCUGAAAUGUCGGUGGCUGUCCAUCCCCAAGCUCUCGCUCCACUCUUCGAGUCUCAGGCACGUUUUCGCGCAGCGCGCCUCCGUUAACGCUGUGGUUACGCUCAGCCUCCCGACCUCGAAUCCAGAGAGGCUGGCUGCCACUGAGAAAAUCCCCAAAUGGUCAUCAACUUCAAUAAUGUCAUUUGCAUUGGCUGAGGUGGAAGCACGGAAAAUCAAAUCUCUAAAUACAGACACAGAAGCUCUUCUCAUGGGGAUCCUGAUAGAGGGAACUAAUCUUGCUUCAAAAUUCUUGCGCGCGAAUGGAGUUACUCUUUUUAAAGUGCGUGAUGAAAUUCUGAAAUUGCGUGGAAAACCUGAAUACGAUGUCCGUUGUCCUGAGCAUCCUCCGUUAACUGAAGCUGCUCAAAGGGCUCUUGAUUGGGCUAUUGAUGAAAAGCUCAAGUCUGGUGACGAUGGGGAAAUUACAACCACACAUAUGCUUCUUGGAUUGUGGCAGCAAAAAGAAUCAACUGGCCACAAAGUAUUGGCUGCAUUGGGAUUUGAUGAUGACAAAGCGACAGAGCUUCAUUCUUUGAUAUCCAAACCAGGAUUUGUAGAGGAUUGGUAG